CCCGGCCUGUGAGCCACUUGUUGUCAAUGUGUAUUCAAACACGACUGACAAGCUCCUCCUGUCCACAGCUCUCGUCUUCCUGUGCAUCAACCCUGCACCUCCGCUCGGAGCACGGCCCCGUUGCGUUGGCCGUCACCGGUUUCGGAACUCUGGAGGAGCACGACACUAUUCUCCACAAGCAUCCGCAUGCCCUUCAACGCUACGUGUACGCCCCCUUCUGUGAGGAGCAGACUCCGGCUCGGCUUGUCAAGCCCCGGAUCCUGUCUCGGCACCACGAUCUCGUCGACUUUGAUGGCCAGAUGUACUCGUGGGAGACUGGUCUCUGGGGGGCCAUGAAGCUGCGCAACGUCAACACCCGCGAGUGUAUCGCUGUGGUCCAGACCCUGGGUACUAAGGCUUUCUCUGGCGCCAGCGGCAAUAUCCACAUCACCGCCGCGGGAUUCCACAUGGUCGAUCUGAUUGUGUCCUCGGCCAUGACUGUCGCCCUCGAUGAGAUGUUGGUCUGGGCUGACGCAUGACUGCGUACUUGUUUCGC